AUGGAUCAAUCAGAGUAUGAAGCUAAAGAAAUGUUAAAGCCCUAUUUAAUAUAAUUAGCUUAAUUAGAAGAAGCUGAUAAGUUAAAGUAAGCAUAAAUAACAGCAUUACGUUUGGCAAUAGAACAAUUGAAAUAAUAAGCAUUGGAUCAUCAAAAAAAAUAUGAGGAGGAAUAAAAAAAAGAUGGUAUUAUUACAAUUGAUUAAAAUAUUUAGCAAAAAAGAAGGGCGUAGCUAAAAAAUGA